GCUAGAGGCAGAAGCUAACCAAGUGUUCAUGCUGGAGCCACCCAGCAACCUAUUAACAUCUGAAUUGGCUUAGUGUGCAUUAGAAUUGACUCUUUAAUUUAUCAUAAACAUUUCUAACGUUUUCCAACUCCGUAACAGACCCCGUUAGCCCACACACAGAUACCGAAAUACAGGUGUGUGCAUCGAUGGUGCAGACAGGUAGCUAGCUGACUAGCGUUAGCUCGUCCUACCAUUUAGGUCCUUCAUUUUCUGUAAACUUGAGAUAUUUUAGCAGAAUGGAUCUAUUCGAAGAUCUACCAGAGCCCACACAGACCAAAGGUCCAGUUUCAGUAGCUUCUCCAAAGUCCACCAAAGAAGAGGAACACAAGGGGGAGGAGGAGAAAAGACUAAAACGAAAGCAUGGUGAUGCAGACUGCCACAAUGACAACAGUGAGAGAAACGAGGCCGAGGAGCAGGGGAAGAUCAAGAAACUAUGCAAAGAAGGCCUCCCUGUGCUGAAAGGAUUUGUGGCAGCGAGACGAGGAGAGCGGGAGGAGAUGCAGGACGCUCAUGUGCUGCUGCCGGACAUGAGUGUGUGCCUGUCUGCUCUGCCUGGACACGUGUCUCAGGUGUCCUACUUUGCAGUGUUUGAUGGUCACGGAGGAGCCAGAGCAUCUCGAUUUGCUGCAGAGAAUCUGCACCAUAACCUGGCCAAGAAGUUCCCCAGUGGAGAAAAGGAGAAUUUUGAUAAGCUGGUUAAGAAAUGUCUCCUGGACACUUUCAAACAGACGGAUGAAGAUUUUCUGAAGAAAGCCUCCAGCCAGAAACCAGCAUGGAAGGACGGCUCCACCGUGACAUGCGUGCUGGUGGUAGACGACAUGGUGUACGUGGCCAACCUGGGAGACAGCAGGGCGGUACUGUGUCGGAUGGAGGCGACAGCGGGAGAAGACGGGCAGAGGAGGUCACUGACUCUGUCUCUGAGUAAAGAACACAACCCGACCAUCUACGAGGAGAGAAUGAGGAUCCAGAGAGCAGGAGGCACCGUCAGGGACGGCAGGGUGCUGGGUGUCCUCGAGGUGUCUCGCUCUAUCGGAGACGGUCAGUACAAACGCUGUGGAGUCAUUUCCACCCCCGACCUGAGGAGGAUUCAGCUCACAGCCAAUGACAGGUUUAUCAUCCUGGCCUGUGACGGUUUGUUCAAAGUGUUUUCUGCUGAUGAAGCUGUGAAAUUUGUGCUCAGCAUCCUACAGGAGGGCGGUGUGGAGCAGAAGGAGGGCCUGACGGAGGAGGAGCUGCGGUUUGAAGCUGCCUGCCAACAGCUGGCAAGUGAGGCGGUGAGGCGAGGCUGUGCCGACAAUGUCACUGUGAUUCUGCUUUCCAUCAGCUUCUGAAAUUUGCAUCUAUAUAAACGUGACGACACUCUCACAGAAAUGUCUCCCAGCUGUUUCAUCUGUUUCCCAAUAAAAAUCCCUUUUCUUUA